GUCAUGGCCUCGUGUCUGAUGGCAGCCUGGACCAUCCACAACCCUGCAGUCACCAACUCCAUCAUCCUGAACACCAACGGGCCCCCGGACCUCAUGUUGGACCCCCGGGCCGUCAGCGUCUGCAUGGACGAGUUGGUCAGCCGGCCGGCGGGGAACCAGCAGACGCCACUGCUGCAGGGACGGGACAAGAACCGGGACAAGAACCGGGACAAGACCCGGGACCUGGCCGAGGCCCAGAGGUUCUCCUCGUUACCACGGCGACCCGCCGUCAACAUCCAGUUCAGGGACGUGUCCUACGCCGUCAAGGAGAGUCCCUGGUGGAGGAAGAAAGGUUUCAAGCUGCUGCUCCGAGGGAUUUCUGGGACGUUCACCAGCGGGGACCUGGUGGCCAUCAUGGGCCCGUCGGGGGCCGGCAAGUCCACGCUCAUGAACAUCCUGGCCGGAUACAGGGAGACGGGGAUGAAGGGCGAGAUCCUGAUCAACGGGCGGCCCAGAGACCUGCGCUCCUUCAGGAAGGUUUCCUGCUACAUCAUGCAGGACGACAUGCUGCUGCCGCACCUGACGGUGCAGGAGGCCAUGACGGUUUCAGCCAACCUGAAGCUCCAGGAAAAGGUGGAGGCUCGCAGGGAGAUGGUCCAGGAGAUCCUGAAGGCUCUGGGUUUGCUGGACUGCGCUGAGACCAGGACGUCCCACCUGUCCGGGGGUCAGAGGAAGAGACUGGCCAUCGCUCUGGAGCUCGUCAACAACCCGCCCGUCAUGUUCUUUGACGAACCAACGAGCGGUCUGGACAGCUCGUCCUGCUUCCAGGUCGUGUCUCUGCUCAAAGCUCUGGCUCGGGGAGGACGGACCGUCGUCUGCACGAUCCACCAACCCAGCGCCAAACUCUUCGAGCUCUUCGACAAGCUCUACGUGCUGAGUCAUGGUCAGUGCAUCUACCGGGGGAAAGUUUCCAGUCUGGUUCCGUAUCUACGAGAACUCGGACUGAACUGCCCGACCUAUCACAACCCGGCCGACUUCGUCAUGGAAGUGGCCUCCGGGGAGUACGGGGACCAGAUGGAGAGACUGGUGAAGGCCGUUCAGGACAAGUGUGAGAAGGAGGAGCUGAUGGAUCUGGACGGAGACGCUAACGGCCACCCGCUGCUCUGGCAGAGAACCGAGGAGGAAAGCGGUCCGUCUGAAAGUUGCCACAGCUUCUCGGCCAGCUGCAUGACCCAGUUCUGCAUCCUGUUCCGGAGGACGUUCCUCAGCAUCCUGCGGGACUCGGUGCUGACCCACCUGCGGAUCUCGUCCCACGUUGGUAUUGGUCUCCUGAUUGGUCUGCUGUAUCUGGGCAUCGGCAACGAGGCCAAGAAGGUUCUGAGCAACUCGGGCUUCCUGUUUUUCUCCAUGCUGUUCCUCAUGUUUGCUGCGCUGAUGCCCACCGUGCUAACAUUUCCCCUAGAGAUGGGGGUUUUCCUGAGGGAACACCUGAACUACUGGUACAGCCUGAAGGCGUAUUACCUGGCCAAGACCAUGGCGGACGUUCCCUUCCAGGUGGUCUUCCCGGUCCUGUACUGCAGCAUCGUGUACUGGAUGACGGCUCAGCCUCCCGACGCCGGCCGGUUCUUCCUCUUCCUGUCUCUGGGGAUCCUGACGUCUCUGGUGGCCCAAAGUCUGGGACUGCUGAUCGGAGCCGCCUCCACCUCCCUGCAGGUGGCCACCUUCGUGGGUCCCGUCACCGCCAUCCCGGUGCUGCUUUUCUCCGGCUUCUUCGUCAGCUUCGACACCAUUCCCUGGUACCUGCAGUGGAUGUCCUACAUCUCCUACGUCAGGUACGGGUUCGAGGGCGUGAUCCUGUCCAUCUACGGGCUGGACCGGGACGACCUUCACUGCGACCCCGACGACACCUGUCACUUCCAGAAGUCUGAGAACAUUCUGAAGGAGCUGGACAUGACGGACGCCACGCUGUCCCUGGACUUCCUGGUGCUGGCCGUCUUCUUCCUGUCCUUCAGGCUCACCGCAUACUUCGUCCUCCGGUACAAGAUCGUCUCCGAUCGGUAGACCUGGUCCAGGACCUGGAUCAGGACCUGGACCAGGACCAGGACUGGUUGCUAGUUAAGACUUUCCCUCGUACAUGAAACUACUGUGAGACAUUUCUUGUCAAAUAACUGAAACAUAUACAGAGUAGAAAAAAAGAAAGAAAGAAAAAUUGAGAAAAAGAAAGACAAAAAAUGAAGAAAAAAGAAAAAAAGAAAAUGAAGAAAAAAAAGAAAGUGAAAAAAGAAGAAAAAAUAAAGAAAAAUUUAUAA